AUGGAGGGGGUAGACGUGUCAAUCGCGAAAGGGAGAGGAAGGAAAGGCGAGAUCGAGCACCAGAAAGAGGAGAAGAGUACGCUGGCCGUGCACGCUCUUACGCAGAACACAACAAGCGAACAAGUGAGGCGGGCAAGACAUCGGCGAGCGCAAUGGAAAGGGGGUGACAAAGGCUAUCAAGGCUCUAACUUGCAGUGGAAGGAGGCAGAGGGCGGUGUGGAGGCGGGCAACACGGAGGUGGAGGAGGGCUCGUGGGAGGAGACGCAGGGCCGGGACGAGGCCGAGGAGGAAGUGGACGAGAUGGGGAGGCGACACGGAGGCGGACGACGAGGACGCGGAGGAGGGCAGCACAGAGGCAGGCAACGCGCGGGCGGGCGGCACGAAGGAGGUGGCAAGUGGAGCGUGCGGCAUGGACGGGCGGCACAGGGCGAGCAGCGCAGAGCGAUGAGGGUGAGGCUCGCGGAGGGGCGCGGCUUGGCGGAGGCGGGUAACAUGGAGAAGGGCGAGGAGGAGGCGAGCGAGGGACCGAUGCAGGUGACGCGGAGGUGGGUGACGCGCGCGGAGGGCGACAUGGAGGUUAGGGAGACGGAGAAGAGUGUGCGGGCGCAGACAGGCGUGCAGGCGCGGCGCGUAGGCGAGCGCAGUGACGAGGUGGACGAGGCGGACGGGGAGGUCGAGGUCGGCGGCAGGCCGGAUGGGCGAAGCAAGGUGGAUGGGAGUGCAGAAGGUUGGAGUAGGGGACUCACCAAAGCAAGGGCCGCGGUACAUCGCCACGGCCCCCAGAUUCCAAUAUGCAUCCUGAGGACGUCCUCAUGCAGUGCAGAUGUUGUGAGCGCAGCCGGGCAGAUGGGUGAGAUCGAGGUCGAGGUCGAGGUCGGAGUCGAGGGAGGGUAG